UUUGAUGCCAUCGGCCUUUAUGAACACGGUUGCUAUUUCGAGGUCGUUAUAACCAUUGAGACACUCCCUCGUCUUGUUCUAUAUUUAGGGCUCGCUUCGUUUGGUUCGUUUUCUCGCUUAGUCUAUUUGGGCGCUUGGUUUCUUCUUCGUAAACUCUGCUGACGGAGCUUAAACGAAGCUAUCAUGGCGUCGAGGACCGCAAUUUGCAGGGGAAUUGUCAAAGGGAAUUCCGGUUUUGGACUUCGAUCUAUGUCCUCAUGGUGGGAACACGUUGAGCCGGCUAUGAAAGAUCCAAUUCUCGGUGUUACCGAAGCUUUUCUUGCUGAUCCAAGUCCUGAUAAAGUCAAUGUUGGAGUUGGAGCUUAUCGUGACGAUAAUGGAAAACCUGUUGUUCUUCAAUGCGUUAGAGAAGCAGAGCGGAGGAUUUCUGGAAAUCAGAAUAUGGAGUAUCUUCCAAUGGGAGGAAGUGUGAACAUGGUGGAGGAAACACUGAAGCUAGCCUAUGGAGAAAAUUCUGAUCUACUCAAAGAGAAAAGGAUUGCUGCAGUACAAGCUCUCUCUGGAACUGGAGCUUGCCGAGUUUUUGCAGACUUUCAAAAACGUUUUAAGCCCGAUUCCCAAAUUUAUAUACCUGUGCCAACAUGGGCGAACCAUCACAACAUCUGGAGAGAUGCCCAAGUCCCUCAGAGAACUUUCCACUAUUACCUUCCUGAAACAAGGGGCUUAGACUUUGCCUCUCUUAUGGAUGAUAUAAAGAAUGCUCCAAAUGGUUCAUUCUUUUUGCUUCAUGCAUGUGCUCAUAAUCCUACUGGAGUGGAUCCAACGGAGGAGCAAUGGAGAGAGAUCUCAUAUCAGUUCAAGGUAAAGGGUCAUUUCCCCUUCUUUGAUAUGGCAUAUCAAGGUUUUGCAAGUGGUGAUCCUGAGAGGGAUGCGAAGGCCAUCAGGAUUUUCCUUGAGGACGGUCAUUCUAUCGGAUGUGCCCAGUCAUAUGCUAAAAACAUGGGGCUCUAUGGCCAGAGAGUUGGAUGCCUUAGCGUGGUCUGUGAAGAUGAAAAGCAAGCAGUGGCUGUGAAGAGCCAGUUGCAACUAAUCGCCAGACCCAUGUACAGUAACCCACCCGUCCAUGGGGCUCUCAUAGUUUCAACCAUAUUAGGUGACCCAGACCUAAAGAACUUGUGGCUGAAAGAAGUGAAGGGCAUGGCUGAUCGCAUCAUUGGAAUGCGAACUACACUAAGGGAAAACCUUGAGAAGCUGGGUUCACCUCUACCUUGGGAGCAUAUAACUAAGCAGAUUGGGAUGUUUUGCUACAGUGGCCUAACGCCAGAACAGGUGGAUCGCUUGACGAAUGAGUUCCACAUUUACAUGACUCGUAAUGGUCGUAUCAGUAUGGCGGGUGUUACUACAGGCAAUGUAGGAUACUUGGCAAGUGCCAUCCAUGAGGUCACGAAAUCAGGCUCGAAGUAAAACCAAUAUGGUGAACUUAUCAAUUAAAGUGCUGUUAUUUCUGAAAAAAAAAAAAA